GAUUUUGGGCAUGUUUGAGCGCUGGGGCCGCCUUGAAAGUUGAGGCGCCCGAUUGAUUCCUGCGAGAUUCCGGGCAUCCGAUGGCAAGUAAGAGGCUUGCCGUGACCAAAGCUGAGUUGGAAGAUGUGAAUGUCGCUUUGAAGAAGGAGAGCUCUUAUCUUGGCAUCUGCGGCAGCGAUCUCAGCAGAUAUGCUGCUCAGUUGGAAGAGAAGGAGCGGCUGCUGAUGCAGAUCGUUGAACUCCAAGUGCACUUGAAAGCUGCAGCUCCACCUCCGGGACCUCCUGCCAACUUUGAUCGUUGCAGUCUGCCCAAAGUGGUGCAACACAUGUUGGACUACGAGGCGGUUCCCACUGAGUGCAUCAAAGCUUUGCGCGCCUUGGCAUCUUUGGCCUACAAAGAUGUCAACGAGGUGGCGUCCCACAGGACUGGCAUGGCUCAGCUGCUGCGAUUGGUGCAACUACACCCAGAUGAAGAUCAGUUGCAGCUUGCGGCCAUGAAAUGUCUUUGUCAUUUGGCCUUUGAAAACGACAUCGCGCGCCGCGAAUUGUCGGAUCGCAAUGUGUUGGACGCGCUGAUGGCGGCGCGGCAGUCCUCGGCGCUGGACGUCCGGAAGGUCGCGGACGAAGCCACGGCACGGAUCAUCGCCGCCGAAGCGCAGUCGACGACCGCUGGUCGGGCCGGUGCCAAAGCACUUUUGCACAUCUUCCGUGCAGAAGCACAAGCACGAGGAAAGCAAAUCCCCACGAGUUUACGAGAAAUUCUCAAGUUGUUGAGUGAAGAGUUAGUUGAUGUCGGCUUUUUGGCCGAGUGUUUCAUUGAAGCUGCUCCUUCUGGCACUGAAGAAGGAGUUGGUUGGUUGUCUUUAUUAGUAGAUCUCAUUGGUCAAAACCCGGCCUUGGUGUGCCCUGGUGCGGCUGCAGCCACCACUUCAUUGAUGGAUGCCUUCCCAAGAAGUUUGCCCAUCCAAAGUCAAGGAGUUGCAGCUUUGACUGCCUUGGCAGCUUCGCGAGGUGGACCCAAAGUGGUGGCUGACGCGAAGGGUGUGAAGAGCGUGGAGUCUGCCCAUGGCAGCAUCGGCCUUGAGGAUGCAGAGCUACAGACGAGCUGCAUCAACUUCCUGGUUGCAUGGCUGUGGUUCAGCUUGCGUGGUGCAGUGGUGUCGGCGCUUGAUUGGCCCUUGGACAUUCAAGACUUGUGUGAUGUCGACUAUCCGCGGGUGGUAUCCGUUAUCAAGGAAGCCAUGCAAAGACAUUUGGAUGUCGUCAGCUUGCAGGUGGCCGCGCUCUGUGGCCUUGCCAAGAUCGUGGAAGUUCUCUCGGUGGCCGCCGAAAUGAAAGCGGCGGGAACCGAAGGCCUGAUCAAAACGGUUUUAGCCCACCACAGGGAGCAGAAACAGGUGUGGACGUGGGGCCGCAUUCUGCUGGACAAUAUGGGCUUAGAUCGCAAUUGGACAUUGCGUGACAAAUGAUAGCUGACAAACAAAA